UUUCAUCCGGGCUCGUCGCGUGUCCCAAGUGCUAGGUCGUUUCGGUCAUAUUGAAAAAAUUGUGCGAAUAUCUUAAACACCAUUCUUUAAAUCCACUUAACUUAUCAAAAUGCUUGGGGCAUUUGCUCGAGCUUCUACUUCAUUGUUAAAAGUAGCGAAACCAGCAGUAUCCCUUUCGAAAAUCGCAGGUGAUGGAGCAAAAUUCUUACCAAGUUUAUGGUGCACAUCAAACCAAAAUUAUGCAUCGGCAGCAACUGCUGCACAAGCAAAAGGAAAAAUUGUAGCAGUCAUUGGUGCUGUUGUAGAUGUACAGUUUGAGGACAAUUUACCACCUAUUCUAAAUGCCUUAGAAGUGCAAGGAAGAAAGCCACGAUUAAUCCUUGAAGUUGCACAGCAUCUAGGAGAGAACACAGUUAGGACAAUUGCAAUGGAUGGUACUGAAGGUCUUGUCCGUGGUAAUGUUGUAUUAGAUACAAAUUCUCCCAUCAAAAUUCCUGUGGGUCCUGAAACAUUAGGAAGAAUUAUCAAUGUUAUUGGAGAACCUAUUGAUGAAAGAGGACCUGUAGUUACUGAUAAAUUUGCUGCUAUUCAUCAAGAAGCUCCUGAAUUCGUUGAAAUGAGUGUUGAACAGGAAAUCUUAGUAACUGGAAUUAAAGUUGUAGAUUUGUUAGCCCCAUACUCCAAGGGUGGAAAAAUUGGUCUUUUUGGAGGUGCUGGUGUAGGAAAAACUGUACUCAUUAUGGAACUGAUUAACAAUAUUGCCAAAGCUCAUGGUGGUUAUUCAGUGUUUGCAGGUGUAGGAGAAAGAACCAGGGAAGGCAAUGACUUGUAUCAUGAAAUGAUUGAGGGUGGAGUCAUUAGCCUUAAAGAUAAGACUUCAAAGGUAUCUCUUGUGUACGGACAAAUGAAUGAACCCCCCGGUGCUCGUGCUCGGGUUGCUUUGACUGGUUUAACUGUUGCUGAGUAUUUCCGUGAUGAAGAGGGACAAGAUGUAUUACUUUUCAUUGACAACAUUUUCAGAUUCACACAAGCAGGUUCUGAGGUAUCUGCUUUGUUGGGUCGUAUCCCAUCUGCUGUAGGAUAUCAACCUACAUUGGCAACUGACAUGGGUACUAUGCAGGAAAGAAUUACUACCACCAAGAAAGGCUCCAUCACAUCAGUACAGGCUAUCUAUGUGCCAGCUGAUGAUUUGACAGAUCCUGCCCCAGCAACAACAUUCGCUCACUUGGAUGCUACUACUGUAUUGUCUAGAGGUAUUGCUGAAUUGGGUAUUUAUCCUGCUGUAGAUCCUCUUGAUUCGACAUCUAGGAUUAUGGAUCCAAAUAUUGUAGGACAAGAGCAUUAUGACGUUGCUCGUGGAGUUCAAAAAAUCCUGCAGGAUUACAAAUCUCUGCAAGAUAUCAUUGCCAUUUUGGGUAUGGAUGAGUUGUCUGAGGAAGACAAGCUCACCGUUUCACGUGCUCGCAAAAUUCAAAGGUUUUUGUCACAACCUUUUCAAGUAGCUGAAGUUUUCACUGGACAAGCUGGAAAAUUUGUGCCUUUGGCUGAGACUAUUAAAGGCUUUAAAAGUAUUUUAGGUGGUGAAAUGGAUCAUCUACCUGAAGUGGCAUUUUAUAUGGUAGGACCACUGGAAGAAGUAAUGCAAAAAGCUGAAAAACUUGCUGAAGAAUCUUAAGUGGUACAUUUAGAGACAUUAGCACUUUUCCAUUUUCAAAUUAGGUGUAUCAUCUCGACCAAAACAAAACUUUUAAUUUGUAAAGAGUAAUUGUGCAGCCUCAUGACUCAUAGUAAAUGAGGCACAUGUCACAAAAAGUUUUGCUGAUAAUAAAAUUUCUAUUUAAAGUUUCAA